AUGAAUUCUGAAGUCAAACGGGCCACUAACGUUUGUGACUCUACUAGAUCUACAAAAAUUAAUACCAAUAAUGAGACAGGAAAUACUAAUAAUGUACAAAUAAACCAAUGGAAAACUAUCUUUAUGGGCAAAAUCCAAUCAAAUGAGCAUGGCCGUCAAGACGAUGAAAUAUCAAUCUUUUGUAUAGCAUCGCCAGCCCAUACAAACCAGCCCCUGAUUAAAAAACAGUAA